CCCAAAACUUUGGGACGGGAGCAAGGAGCCGGCGGGAAAGGUGCUAUAAACACAUAUUAUAUUGUUGGCUUUUCGCAGAUAUUAGGAUGAAUGCUGUAUGUAUAAUGUUAAAAUAACUUUGCUUUUAUUUCUGCUAUUAACAAAACCAUAGACACAGCAGUAGUGGCAGCAGAUGUAGUUAUGAGUAAACUGUCUGUUUGGUCGGGAUAACAUCCAGCGAACGUGCGAUGAGGAUCCUGCUACUGAUACGCCAACUAUUAGCAUCUGACAUCUGAAGAGAGUGUGGACCAAGGACCAAAGUGAAAGUGAUAAAGAGGAACCAAAGCCACACCCAAGCGACCUACAUGCUCCAAAAAGGCGGACCCAAGGAGGGGCCGUGUGAAAUAGUUCCCGGAAUAUAUAGACUGGUUUAUGGAUAUGCAUAAGGGUCUAUGAAGAUGCAAAAGACUGAGGAGAGUGAAGGCGUUUCUCACAAAGGGAAGCCGGGGAGCGCAACGAGGUGCACGCUACAGGAAGCCGCGGCCUCCGGUGAUAAAUAGGAAAGCCGGGAGCACAGGAUGUGUUUCGGGAGAGCUCGGCGGGACAGCGGGAUGUGACCGCCGGAGGUGACUCCGCUGGUCAUUUGUCCGUUUGUCCGGCGGGAUGGCCACCCGGGCGCUCCUGCUGCUGCCGCUGCUGGCCUGGAGCUGCGGAGGGGAGGACGUGGAGGUGCUGUGCGCCGACAGCGCCUGCUAUACUUUGCACCGGGAUGAGAGCAGCUGGAAAAGCGCCCAGGAGCGCUGCAAGGAUAACGGGGGCAACCUGGCGCCGGUGGGCAGCGCCGGCGAGGCCGCGCGGCUGCGGGAGCUGCUGGCCAGAGCCGACUGGGCCGGCCCGGCCUGGCUCGGGCUUGCCCUGCCCCGGGGUCACUGCGUGCGGCCGCAGGAGCCGCUGCGAGGCUUCUCCUGGGUGGCCGGCGGGGCGCCGGGCAACUUCUCGGAGUGGGCAUCUGAGCCGGCGGUCACCUGCGUGAGCGCCCGCUGUGCCGCCCUGCGGCCGCCCGGCCCGCACGGCCCCGGCGGCUGGGCGGACCGCGCCUGCCGCAGCACGCUCCCGGCUUUCCUCUGCAAGUUCAGCUUCCAGGGCAUGUGCGGGCUCCUGCCGCUGGCCGGCCGCGGCACGGUCACCUACACCGCCCCGUUCGGUGUGCGCAGCGCCCGCCUGGCCGCCGCUCCCUUCGGGACGCUGGCCGAGGUGGAGUGCGACAGCGGCCGAGCUUCGGCCUUCGCCGUCUGCAAGGGGCCGCUAGACGGGGGUGGCUUCGCCUGGCACCCGCCGGGUCCCCUGUGCCCGGUCAACUGCGGCCGCCACAACGGCGGCUGCCAGCAGCUCUGCCUGGAUGUGCCCGGCGAGUCCCCGCGCUGCGCCUGCCGACCCGGCUACGUGCUGGCCGCCGACAUGGCCUCCUGCGUUCCCGAGGAUUCCUGCCAUCCCAAUCCCUGCCAGGGAUCCUGCCGGGCGCUGCCCGGCGGCUUCGAGUGCGGCUGCGAGCCUGGCUACGUCCUGGCAGCCGACGGCCGCGGGUGCUCGGAUGUGGACGAGUGCGAGUCGGGGCCGUGCCAGCACCAGUGCCACAACUUUCCCGGCGGCUUCCAGUGCCACUGCCGGCCCGGGUACAGCUCCGCGGGGCCCGCUGGCCACCACUGCCACGACGUGGAUGAGUGUGCCCAGCCCGACGCGUGCCCGCAGCUCUGCAUCAAUAUUCCCGGCUCCUUUCGCUGCACUUGCCGGCCCGGCUUCCAGCGGCAGCCGGGAGGAGAGUCCUGCCUGGAUGUGGAUGAAUGCCUGCGGGAUCCGUGUCCCGGCGCCUGCCGCAACUUCCCCGGCGGCUACGAGUGCCUGUGCCCGCCUGGCUUCCUCCGGGACGACGAUGGCCACGGCUGCAGCCCCGGAGACGCGAUCCCAAGCAGCAUCCCACAGAGCUCCGGCAUCCCACCGAGCGCCAGCAGCACCCCACAGAGCUCCACCAUCAUCCCAGAAAGCUCCAGCAUCCCACAGAGCUCCGGCAUCCCACGCACCGCGCGCAUCCCAUGGACCACGAGCAUCCCUCGUACUCUGGGAAUGCCCACCGCGGGACUGGGAGUCGGCUCGGACGAGCACAGCGCCGACGGCCCGCGGCUGCUGCUCUAUUACAUCGUGGGCAGCCUGGUGGCCAUCCUGCUCCUGCUGGCGUUCGCCCUGGCGCUCGUGGCUUGCAGGAAAAGGGCGGCCAAAAGGGAGAAGCCGCCGGCCAAAAACGCGGCCGAUAAUUAUUGCUGGGUGCCCGAGCAGCCCGAGAGCUGCGGGGAGCGCAGCACAUCUUGAUCUGUGGCCUCCUUAGGGAAUUGUCCAGGGACCGGUGAAUCCCACAAGUUGGAGCAGGAUAAUUUGGUGCCCCGUCUUCCAGAAGAGAUGGGAUGUUCAUCCUGCUCCUAGGAAUUUUUUGUAAUGGAUGAGUGUUUUGCUUUCCCAGAAUGAAACUCUUGGAUUUACAGCAUAAAGUUAUCCCAACACCUCUCUCCAGAUGAAAUUCCAAGAAAACUUGAACAAAAAUAUGUUUCUAGUGGGUUUAAAUAAAGAUAUUCCUAAAAAUC